AUGGUUGAAGAGGUGCCAGCAUCAAUUGGAGGUCAUCAUGCAGCGUCUAAUAUGCCACGUCAAUCCAUGGCUGUGCGUCGAGCAUCACUCACACUUAACAUGCUCGGUCAGCGGCGCUCAUUGGCCGGUUCGAUGGCCCGGGCGUACAAAUUGGCCCAAUAUUUUCGCAUCAUUCCGUGCCAGUACACAGAACAAGUUUUCUGUUUCGCUGGUUGUCUACUCAAAUGGUUCAAACUCGAAGCAAUGCGUCAGGAAGCGUUCGCGGCGACCACAGUCAAGACGCACCAUGCGGACAAGCAUGUUGCGCAAUCGGUCCCCGGCUCACCGGAAACACCAGCACAGAAACCCUCGGUGGUGGAGGUUGAAGACAACGAGCCAGAGAACAAACAAAUCGCCGCAUCCAACUCGAAUAACGCAAAUCCUACAUCCAGCCAAGAUGACGGUUCACAACAUGCGGCCGCUGGUGUGAGCGAAGAUGCCAGAAAGCCUGGUGAACCCAUGGCAGUGGAAACGGAUCAGAAGUUGUCCAGUGUGGUUGAAGGAUCCCAGGAAGUCGCACGUAGUCAUUCAUCGGAGGCCAGUAAUGUGAGUAUAUUGUUGUAUGUGGCCAAUUUCUUUCAAAAUGGUAAUUCCCAUACGUGGGGGUCUUUGCAGAGUAAAACAAUAUGGGUUUAA